AUGGAGAGCAGAGACCACGGCCGCGCCCUCAAGCAGCUGCCGUCAUGGACGCCGGGGGCGGGCCAUAACCUGAGCCUGGCCGGCUGCUUCCCGUGGCCGCCGCCGCAGAGGUCGCUGUCGUCGUCGUCCUACACCUGCGGCUACUGCCGGCGGGAGUUCCGGUCGGCGCAGGCGCUGGGCGGCCACAUGAACGUCCACCGGAGGGACAGGGCCAGGCUCAGGCAGUGCUGCUCGCCGGCGACGUACCCUUCUUCCCUUCCAAGCCCAAGCCUUGCCGCUCCCCACCAGCACAGGGCUCCGCUGCCCAACCUCAACUACUCGCCGCCACACUGCGCCGCCCCCACGGCCGCGGCCGAGCCAGAGAUCUACAGCUUCUUUUCGACGACGACGUCGACGGUCUCUGCGGCGGCCCUUGAGGUGAGCUUGGAGCUGGGGAUUGGAGUCUGCGGCCGCGGCGGCGAGGCCGUGGAGUUGGCGGAGGGAUUGGAUCUUGAGCUCAGGCUCGGAUGUGCCUGGGAGUGAGAUGGAGGCACUUGAUGAGUGUGUCGUUAUGAAGUGUAGCAGAUUGUAGACCAUG